GUCCCGUGUACGCACGAGUCAUCAGCUCGGGCUGAUUGUAUUCCUGCCCUUUAUGUCGCAACUACUAGUUAAAUGGCUUGGUGAGGCCUUGGAACUGGCUCAGGUGAAGUCGGCAAGGACUCCCAGAGCCGGAAAGUUGGUCAAACCCGGCCAUUUAGAAAGCGUGGAAAAGUGUAACAAGUUGGUACUUUGGAGUCAAGUUAGACUCUGUACCCCGGACCAUUCCACUCCAUGCAUUUCCCUUUUAUAUCUCUGUCAUGUAUAAAUCAAUCCAUGCAUACAGCUCGCCCUUCGACAAUGAGUGCCAUCAGCUCAACCGGGCGAGCCUCCGU